CGUCCCCUUUCCCGAGGAGCCUUGCGCAUUUGCUUCGCUCGAGGAAGAGGAGGAGGUGGUUGCUGUUGCUCCCAACCAUGUUCCGCAUCGAGGGCUUGGGCCCCAAGUUGGACCCGGAGGAGCUGAAGCGGAAGAUGCGCGAGGACGUCCUCUCCUCGGUCCGCACCUUCCUCCUCUACGUGGCCGUUUUGCGCCUGACUCCCUACAUUUUGAAGAAGCUGGACAGCAUAUGAAAACAGAGGAGCUUCGUGGAUGGCCUGCGUGGAAGACCAGGUGGAUUGUGGCUGCCAUGCUACUGAAUAGGCUGCAAUGAAGAGGCUCCAUAUCCUGACAAACUGAUCCACACAUUUCUUUAGCCUUGGAAGCUAUAGAAGAGAGAAGAAGGAAAACCAAUAAUGUCUUGUCCUUGUUUUCUUCAUGUGUCAGAAUGCCGUUUCUUUACAUUGUUGCAAAUGUGAUCUUGUUCAGGGAUUAUAAUGAGACCUGAUUUGAGGAAACUGAACUGUAAACAAAGUGCUUCCAGAUUGAACUCUCUCUGUGACAUGUUAGAAUGGUGUUGUUUUCACUCGACUGUCUCGGUACGAAGAUUAUCAUCAUGUGAAGCUUCAGUUAAUAAAUCUUGAAUGGUUGAAAUAAAACGGAGCAUACAUUC